CAUCAGUGCCGUAAGUGAAGCAUGCCGGGACUAGCUUUCUAGCCUCCCAGCAACCCCUGCGACGGUCGUACGUAAGGAACUAGUAGGCUACGGCGGUUCUCCGUAAGAUGGCGGACCGGCGGCGGCAGCGAGCUUCGCAGGACACAGAGGACGAAGAGUCUGGUGCUUCCGGCUCAGACAGCGGCGGUUCCCUGGCGCGGGGCGGCGGGGGCUGCAGCAGUAGCGCUGGAGGCAGCGGCAGCGGCUCUCUACCUUCCCAGCGUGGAGGCCGAGCUGGGGCCCUUCAUCUGCGGAGGGUGGAGAGCGGGGGUGCCAGGAGCGCUGAAGAGUCUGAGUGUGAGAGUGAAGAUGGCAUCGAGGGCGAUGCUGUUCUCUCGGAUUAUGAAAGUGCAGAAGACUCAGAAGGCGAAGAAGGGGAGUACAGUGAAGAAGAAAACUCCAAAGUAGAGUUGAAAUCAGAAGCCAAUGACGCGGCAAAUUCUUCAGCAAAAGAAGAGAAGGGAGAAGAAAAGCCUGACUCCAAAGGCACUGUGACAGGCGAGAGGCAGAGUGGGGAUGGACAGGUCAGUCCCCACCAGAGGCCUCCAUGUGGGGGACGGGAAGAGGGGCUCUCAGCUCCGGAGGGAGUAAGGAAGCCUUUGUCUGUCCUUCAGGAGAGCACAGAGCCUGUGGAGAACAAAGUACCCAAGCACUUGGAUGAUGACGAAGAUCGGAAGAACCCGGCGUACAUACCACGGAAAGGGCUCUUCUUUGAGCACGACCUUCGAGGGCAAACUCAGGAGGAGGAAGUCAGACCCAAGGGGCGUCAGCGAAAACUGUGGAAAGAUGAGGGUCGCUGGGAGCAUGACAAGUUCCGAGAAGAUGAACAGGCCCCGAAGUCCCGACAGGAGCUCAUUGCUCUUUAUGGAUAUGACAUCCGCUCAGCUCACAAUCCUGAUGACAUUAAACCCCGAAGAAUCCGGAAACCUAGGUUUGGGAGUCCUCCACAAAGAGAUCCAAACUGGACUGGUGAGCGGCCAAACAAGCCUUACCGCCACCAGGGUCCUGGGGGUACCCUACCCCCAAGGACAUUUAUCAACAGGAAAGCUGCAGGUACUGGCCGCAUGUCUGCUCCCAGGAAUUACUCUCGAUCUGGGGGCUUCAAGGAAGGUCGUGCUGGAUUUAGGCCUCUGGAGGCUGGUGGGCAGCAUGGUGGCCGGUCCAGUGAGACUGUUAAACACGAGAGUAGUUACCGGUCACGACGCCUGGAGCAGACUCCUGUGCGAGAUCCAUCUCCCGAAGCAGAUGCUCAAGUGCUUGGCAGUCCUGAGAAGGAAGAGGCAGCCUCAGAGAUCACAGCUCCUGCUCCUGACGCUGCACCACCACCCCCCGACAGGCCUGUUGAGAAGAAAUCCUAUUCCCGGGUGAGAAGAACCAGAAUCAAAGCUGGAGAUGCAGUCAAGGUUGCAGAGGAGGUGCCUCCUCCCCCUGAAGGGCUGACCCCAGCACCUCAAGUCCCAGAAACUCCUCCUCCUCCACCUGCUAAGACUGGGAACUGGGAAGCUCCAGUGGAUUCUACCACAGGUGGACUUGAGCAAGAUGUGGCCCAACUAAACAUAGCAGACCAGAAUUGGAAUCCAGGACAGCCCUCAUUCCUGCAACCACGCGAACUUCGGGGAAUGCACAACCACAUACACAUGGGAGCAGGACCUCCUCCUCAGUUCAACCGGAUGGAAGAAAUGGGUGUGCAGGGUGGGCGAGCCAAACGCUAUUCAUCUCAGCGACAGAGACCUGUGCCCGAGCCCCCCACCCCUCCUGUGCAUAUCAGUAUCAUGGAGGGACAUUACUAUGAUCCACUGCAGUUCCAGGGACCAAUCUAUACCCAUGGUGACAGCCCUGCCCCACUGCCUCCUCAGGGCAUGAUUGUGCAGCCAGAAAUGCACCUUCCCCACCCAGGUUUACAUCCCCAUCAGACACCAGCGCCCCUGCCCAAUCCGGGCCUCUAUCCCCCACCAGUUUCCAUGUCUCCAGGACAGCCACCACCUCAGCAGCUGCUUGCUCCUACUUACUUCUCUGCUCCAGGAGUAAUGAAUUUUGGUAAUCCCAGUUACCCUUAUGCUCCAGGGGCACUGCCUCCCCCGCCACCUCCUCAUCUAUAUCCUAAUACACAGGCCCCAUCACAGGUAUAUGGAGGAGUGACUUACUACAACCCGGCCCAGCAGCAGGUGCAGCCGAAGCCCUCCCCGCCCCGGAGGACUCCCCAGCCGGUCACCAUCAAGCCCCCACCACCUGAGGUUGUAAGCAGGGGUUCCAGUUAAUACGAGUUUCUGAAUAUUUUAAAUCUAACAUGAUAUAAAACAGAGGUGAGGACCCAGGAAAGAAGAGACACGCAGCCAGCUGUUCACUACCAGGAGGGCUUCAAAGAUGGAGGGCGGCUCCUACGAGGAAGCAGCUGAAUGUUAAGAGGACCCUUGCCUUCCUCUGAGGAUAAAGGUUUGUUACAAGGAGAAAGGGAGACACAAGCGGACUUCCACUCGUUUCCACUCUUCACUUGAGUUGGCCGUGCUCGGAGGAGCAGAGGCUCAGGCUGCCCGGACUUUCGCGUCUACAUCCAGAAGCCCGGGUUUUCGGCUCUUCUUCACUUUGUCCUGGGACACUGUCUUCUCCCAGGGAAGCUCCUUCCUGUUUGUAUUGUUUUCUAAGAUGUUUGUUUUUUAAAGCCUGGCUUGUUAUUCUUAAAUUAAUAUUCUUUCGUUUCUUUUUCUUUCUCUCUGUCUCUCUCUGCCUUUAAAUGAGACAAGUUUAUUUUUCUGGUUUACUAGUUUCUCUGGUUCCCUUUUGGUUCUUCCCUGCAACCCAGAUAAUUAAGAAUUUACCAGCUGAGCUGGUCUUUUCCCACCAAAUCUACAGAGCUGGCCUUUCACUUUUGGUUGGCCUUUGUUAUUAUAUACUUGGAUUCUCUGAACUCCUUGAAGCUCAAAGUUUGUGGUAGGAGCCUUUCUUUUUGACUUGGUGGACUUCAGGCCUCUACUGAGAGCAAAGUCUCUGCAGUAGGAAGAGAUGGCGAAUCAAGUGUUUUAGGAGAAAGGGAGGGUGGAGUGAGAGUCUUUGCACCUUAGGGAUAUGUAUUCAGAGUUCUUAGGGGGCUCAGUCUUUGAGGUAAGUGGAAUUAGAGGGCCCUGCUUUUACUUCCAUCCCUCCUGUCCCACUCCCUUUUCCAAUUGCUGUGGACCAAUGCAUCUCUCUAGAGGCAAAUACUAUCCAGCAAGCAGUCUACCCGUCCUUUAUUAUUCAUGUCUUUUCUGCCACAAGUGUUGUAGAUGUUACUACCUUAUUUUCACCAAGUUCUACCCCUGGCCUUGCAACAGAAGAAGAUACCGCACCUGGGCUUAAGGCCUAAGGAAGCCAGUCACUUUUGCAGCAAGGGCUUUUUUUCCUCCCUAUUCAUGGCAUGGAACCACUCUCCUGCUGCCUCUGCGGAAGAGAUUACUAUUAUUGCCACACUUGUGUCUGCUGGGGUGACUUGGCCACUGUCUCUGUCCAUCUACCGAACCUAAGGGAGAAGGUGGCAGCUGUGUCUCUCCCCAAGUUGUGUCACUGUUUCUAUUCUCUCAAGCAGCUGGCCUGACCACUCUGAGUCACAGGUGUGUGGGGAGGGAGGGGAGGCACUUGAGCUGUAACCCUGAAGGAGGAAAUAACUAAGAGAUUCUCCCAGAGGUAGCUGAUGGUUGUGCCUUUUGUAGGCUGUUCCCUUUGCCUUAAACCUGACGAUGUCUCCUCAAGCCUGUGGGCAGCAUGCCCGGAUUCCCAGACCUUAAGACACUGUGACAGUCAGUUGUCUCUGUUGGUUUGCUGUAUUUUGUUGCAAGAAUUCCUCCAUGUGUGUUAUUACUGUUUUAAAGGGUACACAUUUGUGAUGGGUAUUGUGACUUGAAGAUAAUAAAAUUUAGACUGUAAACUUGG